AUGACGCGAGUAGCCUUUUCGACCAUUCGUAUACGCCCCUCAACACUGGGAAUACUCGAGAAUACUCCAGGUGAAAACCUCCAAGGAAGAAAAGAAGCAAUCCCAGCUAAGGUUCUGCGCCGUACGAUUACCUGCGUGCAAGUUCGCAACGUCCCGCUGUGUGGCGCCCCAUCUUGGUGGCCGGCAAAGCAGCACGGCCAACACCUUAACGGGCUAAAGCCCAGCCCAGCGGCAGCGGGGGGUGAAGAGACCUCGCUUGCGGCUUGCCUCCUUGCUGGAUCCAGAUGA